AUGUACUCCGCAUGGAACUACGACGAGACCAACGUGAACGCGAACAGGCCCAAGGCCGUGGUCGGGCGCGCGCAGCAGGAGAGGGACAGGAAGACGAACGCUAUUGAGCUCACGAACAACAUCAGGAGGCAGUUCGAGUCCGAGUUGCCGCCCAUAGCCGCGUCCGAGCUCCUGUCCAUGGCCUUCAGGCAGAGGGGCAUUCCGUGCAUGGACAUGUUCACGUACCUGGUCGUCGGCAAGUUCAGGACGGGCUUGGGCCACGAUGCUCACGUGGACGGGCACGAAAGAAAGUUCAUGCCCCUGAUCAGGUGGGAGUGCCCGGACGUGGUCGGCACCCUGUGGACGAUCGAGCCCGUGGCGUCGAGCUUCAUCAUGAGGGGGAACAGCACCGACUGCGAGACUGCGCUCAGGACCUACGAGGGGGAGCUAGAGGUGAUCGACGCCAUGUCCAUGACUACCACCGCGACCUCGGCGAGGAUGGGCAACGAGCUCAGGGGCAGGUGGGCCGGCUGGAUCUUGUCCAGGGCCGCGGCUGACGACGGGGGUUACACCGACUCCGUGUGCGUGAGCUGCAACAUGAGCUCGAGCUUGUUCGCGUUCAGCACCCAGAUCAAGGGCGGCAACUUGAUCCACUUCGCCAUGACGGCCGAGACUGUGACCCUGGUUGCGACCUACGCCAAGACCAUGCAGUCGUCGCUGGGUGUGACCGCGUCCCUGAGGCUGGACGAGUCCACGAAGCUGAAGGUGCAGCCCAGGGCGAGUACGAACAGGUCCACGUGCCUGAGGUUGUUCGGGAACGGAUCCAUGCAGAUCUGCGGGUCUCCGACUGACAUCGAGUUGCUGGUCUCGGCCACGUUUUCGAUCUCCAGGAACACCACCCCGAUGCUGCCCUCGGUCCUGAUCGGCAUCCUAUUCCUGAUCUCGAUGGUGCCCACGUAUGACUCCCUGACGGCGGUCAGACACGUGGACAUGUUCCUCUUGUAG